CUCUCAGAGAGUAACUUCGAGAGUAGCUCGUCUCCUUUGCCUGCAUAGAUUUCGACAAUGUCUCUACUCCGUGCUUAUAACCAGGCAUUACCGAGACGGGUAUUUCUCGCGUGUCCCACUUAUACGCGCCAUUUCUCUGCAGAAACUCCCAACCAACCGGUUCGCGCUGGUGAUGCUCCCCAGAAAGAGGCUACCCAGAUUGCGGAGGUGGUUCAUACUGAUGUAUUGACGGCAGAUGUCAUAAGUGGUGCUCCAGCUGAACUCCGUCAUCGCAUGGUACGGAUCUACCAACCAGCCCGUAACACCAUGCAAAGCGGAGCAGGGAAGUCAGAGCGGUGGCGCAUUGAGUGGGAUAUCCUUCAAGGAGCAGGUCGGUGGGAGAAUCCUCUGAUGGGUUGGGCCAGUUCCGCGGAUUACAUGCAGGGUACCAGAAUGUCAUUCAGAAGCAAGGAAGAUGCCAUGCACUUUGCAGAAAAACAAGGCUGGGAUUACUACGUACAACCGCCACCUACCAAGAAAAUUCCUCCGAAGAACUAUUCAGAGAGCUUUGUCUAUAAGCCGAACAAACUACGGAUAAUGCGCACGAAGUAGACCACGUAGCUGUCCAUAGAGCUACUGCGUAUAAUUCACAGAGGAACUUAUAUAUAUAUCCAUGUUUCUCAUUCUGAAUAAGACAUAAAUAACGUCACUGGCACUUCAAGC